AUGUCAACAGCCCGUACCAAAGGGCUGGUGGGCAAGCCACUCUUGUAUUUCACAAGUGUUUUUGUAUCACUCGGUGUGUUUUUGUUUGGUUAUGAUCAAGGUGUUAUGUCUGGUAUCAUCACCGGCUGGUACUUUAGAGAUUAUUUCAACCAACCUUCGAAAGCGGAGAUCGGUACGGUCGUUGCGAUCCUCGAGAUUGGCGCUCUUAUUUCAUCGUUAUUGGUUGGCAAGAUUGGAGAUAUAAUCGGACGCAGGCGAACAAUCUUAUAUGGGUCCUUGAUUUUUCUCGUUGGAGGAGCCUUACAAACAUUUGCUACAAGUCUUUCUAUAAUGAUGCUGGGGCGAAUUAUUGCUGGAUUGGGAGUUGGUGCUCUCUCCACUAUCGUCCCAGUAUUUCAGUCCGAAAUCAGUCCCCCACACAAUCGUGGAAAACUUGCUUGUAUUGAGUUUACGGGCAAUAUUCUUGGAUAUGCUGCAAGUUGCGUAAUGGGUAGUCUCCUUGCAGCUGGCAGCCUUCUCAUUCCCGAAUCUCCUAGGUGGCUACUAGACAACGAUCAUGAUGAAGAAGGUCUUAUUGUUAUCGCCAACCUAUACGGUGGCGGAGACAUUCACAACGAGUUGGCACGACAAGAGUACCGAGAAAUUAAAUUCAACGUUCUUACGCAGCGACAGGAAGGAGAAAGAUCAUAUGCAGACAUGUUUCGACGCUACUAUAAACGUGUUCUUAUUGCUAUGUCUGCGCAAGCCAUGGCACAAUUGAACGGCAUUAAUGUUAUCUCAUAUUAUGCUCCACUCGUCUUCGAGUCUGCUGGGUGGCCCGGCCGAUCCGCUAUUCUCAUGACCGGUAUCAAUGCUCUCACCUAUCUUGCAUCUACCAUCCCGCCGUGGUAUCUUGUUGAUGACUGGGGCCGACGUCCGAUUUUGUUGUCUGGAGCGGUUGCUAUGAUGGUAUCGUUGAGUCUAAUGUCCUAUUUCCUUCUGAUCGAUGUGCCGGCCACACCAAACCUCACUGUUAUUUGCGUCAUGGUCUACAACGCUGCUUUCGGAGCCUCGUGGGGACCGAUCCCCUGGCUCUAUCCUCCUGAGAUUCUGCCUCUAAGUAUUCGUGCUAAAGGAGCUAGUUUGAGUACUGCUGCAAAUUGGGCGUUCAAUUUCUUGGUUGGAGAGGUGACUCCUGUUCUGCAAGACUUGAUCAAAUGGCGCUUGUAUCUCAUCCAUGCUUUCUUCUGUGCUUGCAGUUUUGUUCUGGUUUAUUUCUUAUAUCCUGAAACAAGCGGUGUUCGCUUGGAGGACAUGAAUGUACUAUUCGGAGACGCUACGACCACGAUGCCUACGCCUGUAACACAAGGAGAACGUGACUCUUUGAUUGGGGUCAAUUCACCUGUUCCCUCACUCGAUCUUCAUCGCCAGCAUGCGCACUUGACUGCCGACAAUGCCAUUCCAGGUCUCAAUAUCGACCCUCCUGCCAUUGACCAAGAUAACAACGGAAAGCCCAGCAGCGUCGAUCAAACCGGCGAGUCCCAAGGAUUUGGCGGCUGGAUAUCAAACAUGCUCAACCGAAACAGAGACCCAGCAAAGAGGAGUCAAUAUCGCCCUGUUGACCAGGAUGAAGAGAGCUGA